UCUCACGCUCCCACAUCCUGCUGGUUUAGGGAACGCUGAUGGCAGCUUCAAAGAGAGGAGACGGGAUUCCGCCUCCGGAAGCAUCGGUCUUGAGGGGGUCAGGGCCUGGUCCCCGGGAAUCCGCAGUCGGAAACAGGAAACUGCCCUAUCCCGAGGAGUAACUAGGACACCCUGCCUGAGGGGGGAAGCAAGGGUCCUUCAGGGAGCCGCUUCUGCAGGCGAGAUGAUGCCUCGGGCAGGAGCUCCGGUCCGGAGGGACUUGGAGGCCAACAGCUGGACCGACCACGGGGUCGGAAAUGGCUCCCACCCUCGACCCAGUACCUCCCCUACUGACUCGGCGCCCUGACCCUGUUUUUUGUUCUUGUUUCUUUUCCCAACAGAAGAUGGCUCAAGACAGGCCUUUACUUCCUGUGCAGGAGGCCUUGAAGAAGUGCUUCCCGGUCGUGGAGGAGCAGCACGGCCUGUGGCAGAGCACUCUGCGGGACUGCUCGCCCCUCCUGGCCUCGCUCAGCAACCUGGCAGAGCAGUUGCAGGCCGCACAAAGAGUGCGGUUUGAGGAUGUGCCGGCGCUUCGGGCCUUCCCCGACCUACAGGAGCGGCUGCGGCGCAAGCAGCUGGCGGCUGGGGACACUGUCCUGGACAAGCUAGGGGAGAAGCUACUCUUCCACAGAGCCACUCUCCUCAAGGUACGAGACACAGUCAGCAGCCACGUGGAGCAAGUGUUUCGGAUCUAUGAGCAGCAUGCAGACGUGGUCGGCCUUGAUGCUGUUCUGCAGCCCUCAGCUCUGAGCCCGUCUGUGGCUGACAUGUUGGAGUGGUUGCAAGAUAUUGAGAGACAUUACCGAACUUCGUACUUGAAGAGAAAGUAUCUCUUUUCUUCCAUCCAGUGGGGAGACUUGGCAGGCAUCCAAGCACUGCCUAAGGCCUGGGACCAGAUUUCAGAAGAUGAGCACCAAGAUCUUGUACAAGAUAUCCUACUGAGUGUUUCCUUCUUCCUGGAAGAGUAAGGAAACUUCGUGUUAUGUGAAGACCAGAAGCACCACAGUUGAAGAUGGACAUUGCUGCCCACUGUGAUAUUUCUAAAGAAGCAUCAGGAUAACAACCUGACCUAUUUGAAAUAUCAGUGCCUAGGACUGGAUCUUGGGAGGAUCAAGGGUAGAAGUCUCUGGGGCUUCUCAUGCCAGAUCAAGGUUCCAUUCAUGGUUCAUGGGCCAUUGCUGGCCCUUUCAGGGAAGCGGGUGGAGAUAGAGAGAAAGCAGGCAAGGCAGUACUGAUAAACCUGCCAGUCUACAUUAUAAGGCCCAAAGUGGUAGGGAGGGAAAGGACAGGAGAUAAAGGGCAGAAGUCACCCCUGGCAUUAUCUGAAUCACCAGUCUGAUUGACGUCAGGUCCUGGAAAGGUGUCUGUACCUGACACCUUGAAGAUUGAGAAAGAGGUUUUGAUGAUUUAAAGAAAUAAGGAUAUGUUUGUGGUGGGGUGCAAUUCAGUAGUAGAGCUUGUGUUUGGCAUGUAUGAACCCCUGGUUCAAUCCCUGGCACCAAAAAAGAAAAGGGUGACAGGUUGCAGAAGUUCCUUAUCAAGCCAAUUUCCAUUUCCAAAACCUGCCACCAGGGGGAGGUGGUGCAGUACGAGUUGUCUGGAAGCUUUUGUGGAGAGCAGGUCCCCCUUGCUCAUACUCUGAGAGAACAGUAACUAGGGAAAUGAUACUCCCAAAAUGGCAGGGUGUUUUUGGCCACAGCUGGCAUGGCACUUGCGUUUACGUUUGGAGUAGCUGCACGGGUAGGGAAAGCCAGCACAGGGCAGGUGACCGGGCUGCGGGUCUGAAGCCCCUGGCCUUCAUCUGUGCCCAAGUCUCAGGCUGAUGGAAAAGAACUUAGUAAGGAGUAGAGGUGUUUUUCAAAAUGAAAAUGACUGUUUUUUCUUAUUCUGCUUUUUUAAAAAAAUUGUAAGAUAGCUAGGAAAAAUUUAACAGGUAUAAAGGUAUAAAUAUAUCAACUCUACCAGGGACAUUUUGAUAUAUUUUCUUUUAGGGGCCACUUAUAAAUUUUUUUUAAUUUAUAAUAAUUUAUAAUUUAUAAUUUAAAUUUUAUAAAUUUAAAU